AGCAGUGCGAAGACCAUCUCUUAGUCCAGUCCGUUUUUAUAUUUUGUUUAUGUACUUGAUUUUGCUGUCUUUACACGUCCUAACAUGCGUUCGUAACUAUGUUGAAAUCUCGGUCCAAAGGUGGCUCAGGCGAAGCGGCUCUCAGUGAUGCCUCCUCGUCGGGUUACGUGAGACAACGCGAGCAAACGGAUCCCAAAGUUUCCCUGUUGUACAGUAGAUGAGAGUGUCCGUGUUGAGUGUGGACUUUAGAAGUCGCUUGUCAGAGCGAGGACAGCUCAUUAUAUCGGGACGUUGCUGUCGGUGUAGCCUGCCUCCUCGGUGUCUUGGGCUUACUCUUGUUUUUGUUAUUGUUUUGUCGUUUGGAUCGAGUCAGACGCUCGUCGUGUCCGUGGACAGGUUUAGUGGAUGUACCUUGUGUCCAAGGAAACGGGAGAGCUGGCGAAACUGAUGCCGUUGAGUUUUUGUGUGCUGGAUGAUAAACACAACAGCAGUACGUACUUAUCAUAUUGAAUUAACUGUGAUUCCUGAACUAUUCAGAGUUCAUCUUUCCUCCGGAUCCCUCUCUUCAUGUGCCUGGAGCAGCACAGACUUUGCAGUGGGCCGCUGUGCUGACGGACUUAGUAAAAUUACUAAGCUAUAGAACUCCUGCCUUGUUUUCCUCCAUAGUCUCUGAUGGAUCUCAGGCUUGCUUCAUUGACGCUCUGUACACUACUGAUUCUUGUGACCUCUGGGCCACGACCAUCCAUUGGGCAGAAGGUUUACACCAACACAUGGGCCGUCCACAUCACCGGGGGAGAGCAAGAAGCUAACCGGAUUGCCAAGAAGCAUGGCUUUAUAAAUCAUGGGAAUGUAUUUGGAGAUUACUAUCACUUCCGGCAUCGUGCUGUGGUGAAGAGGUCUUUAUCAGAGCACAGAGAAACACAUGUCCGUCUGCACACAGAACCCCAGGUGAUGUGGGCAGAACAGCAGGUGGUGAAACAAAGGAAGAAGAGGGAUAUUUACAACGAGUCAGACGAUCCGAAGUUUGCCCAGCAGUGGUAUUUGUACAAUGAAGAUCAUCGUGACCUCAAUGUGAAAGAAGCAUGGAAGCAGGGCGUGACUGGACUAGAUGUUGUUGUGUCCAUAUUGGAUGAUGGGAUUGAAAAAAACCACCCAGACCUAGUUCAAAACUAUGAUCCAGAUGCUAGUUAUGACGUUAACGAUGGUGAUCCAGACCCUCAACCUCGAUAUACCCAACUUAAUGAUAACAGACACGGUACACGAUGUGCUGGAGAGGUAGCUGCUGUUGCCAACAAUGGCAUCUGUGGUGUCGGUGUCGCCUACAAUGCCAAGAUCGGAGGUGUGCGCAUGCUGGACGGAGAAGUCACUGAUGUGGUGGAGGCUCAGUCUCUCAGUCUCAACCCACAGCACAUCGAUAUCUACAGCGCCAGCUGGGGACCUGAAGACGACGGCAAAACGGUGGAUGGACCUGCAAAGUUAGCCAAAGAGGCUUUCCUACGUGGCGUGACCGAGGGCCGUGGAGGACGGGGCUCCAUCUUCGUGUGGGCUUCGGGUAAUGGUGGUCGUGAGAAGGACAGCUGUAACUGCGACGGUUACACCAACAGCAUCUACACGCUGUCGAUCAGCAGCAGUACGCAAAACGGUAACGUGCCUUGGUACAGCGAGGCCUGUUCCUCAACCCUCGCUACGACCUACAGCAGUGGAGGCCUCAAUGAGAAACAGAUUAUCACUACAGACCUCAGGCAGAAGUGCACCGACUCCCACACAGGCACCUCUGCCUCAGCUCCUCUGGCAGCAGGAAUUAUCGCCCUGGCCCUGGAGGCAAAUAAAAACCUAACCUGGAGAGACAUGCAGCAUCUGGUCGUGAGGACGUCCAACCCUGCUCACCUCACCACCAAUGACUGGAAGACAAAUGGAGUGGGUCGCCAAGUAAGCCAUUCAUAUGGAUAUGGUCUGUUGGAUGCUGGGGCCAUAGUGGCUCUGGCAAAGAACUGGACAAACGUUGGACCUCAGCAGAAGUGUGUCCUCUCCCUGGUGUCUGAACCCAGGAAUAUAGGGAGUCGUUUGGUGAUUACUAAGACUGUGGAUGCAUGUGCUGGGACACCUAAAUUUGUGAGCUCAUUAGAGCAUGCCCAAGCCCAGCUCACCUUGUCCUACAACCGCAGAGGAAACCUGGCCAUCUACCUGAUCAGCCCACAGGGCACUCGAUCCACAUUGCUUGCACCCAGACCCCACGAUUACUCCUCUGAGGGCUUCAAUGACUGGGCAUUCAUGACUACUCACUCCUGGGAUGAGGACCCUCGUGGAGAAUGGACCCUAGUGAUCGAAAAUGUAGCUGGAUCCAGCGACUAUGGCACUCUGACUCAGUUUAUGCUGGUUCUCUACGGCACAGCCUCCAGUUUAUCUGGACCUUUCACCCCAGACUCCAGCCAGACCGCUGACAUUAGCUGCAAAACCUACGACCUCAAUGCGAUCUGUACAGAGUGCAACCCAGAGUUCUACUUGUAUCAGAAGGGUUGCGUGCGAAACUGUCCAGCCGGUUUCACCCCAGGCACCCGUUCCACCUUCCCUCCCAACAACGAGGUGGCGUCCGUCCCGCACCCCGCCUGCCUGCCCUGCCACGCUGUCUGCCUCACCUGCAGUGCAACGGGACCUCAGGACUGCCUCUCCUGCCCCCCUCACAGCCACCUGGACACUAUCACCGGCACCUGUCUGCACCAGAACCAGAUCCAGCGAGAGUCUCCGGACGGUGGACUGUAUCAGUUGCACGGUGAUGGCUCGUCCAGCAACAUUAACCUAGACUUCUCCUCUCACCUGCCAGUUACCGUGGCAGUACUUAGCUGUGCCUUCAUUGUGGCCACAUUUGUGGGCGUGUUCAGCUUGCUGCAGCUGCUUGCCCACAACCAGAACAAACUUCACUCUGUGGAGGCGGGGCCAGGCUCCGGCUUACUAGUGGGGUUCGGCUUAAACCGCUCCGCAGUCGCCUACAAAGGCAUCCCCAGCAUUUGGCGGGAGGAUGAGGCCAACUCUGAGUCAGAGAACGAGGAGUUUGAUAUUCACAAUGAGAGGACUGCCUUCAUUAAAACACAAAGUGCUCUUUAACCCAAUAUCACCCACUUCCUCCCCUCUCUAGUCUCUACUGCACUGUUGUCUCUUUUCAUAUCCACUGGUGUGUUUGCCUCCGAGGUUCGUCUGAACAUAUCUCACUUUCUCUGUUGUCCCGUUUCUCUCUUGGGGGUUUUUGGUUUGUUUUUCCAACUCUGUUAGUUAUGAGCCAUGAUUCACCUGGGCAGUAGACCUCUUGGUGCCUCUAUGUGGAAAGCUUCCAAUCACAAGUGACGAGGACGAGUUGAUUGUCACAGUUUAUCAGUAGGCCUGUUCUUAAACUACAAUAAAUGGCUUAUUAUUGUUUUGCCUCUUCCUCUUUCGUGUUAGUAACUCCUCCUAAUGCCUAGUAAAAUUUGAUGGAAAAAAGGGGGUGAAAUUGAGAAUAUGAGAUACACCGAGCUUUUCUGAGAGUGAGUGAAACUACAUUUACAAGUCAAUCCAUGUGGCAGCGAUUUAACACAGGUCUGAUCCACUCGCUUUGCAGGGAGCCAUUUAGAAGAACAUAUCACUAUUUCUGCAUGUUUAGAUCUGGAGAGGAGGCCACAUACUCUCAUUUGUAGAGCUUACUUCUCCCCCUAGAGCACCUACUUUGCUGAAUUCAAGCCAAAAUGAAAAUGAUUUACUUAACCUCAUAUAUUGUUCUAAACCCUUAUGAUUUUCUUUCAUCAAUAGAACACAAAAAAUGAUAUAUUGCAUAAUGUCCAGAGUUCUCUUUAAAUAAUGAGUAGUGCAGCUGACUAGCUCCGGAAGUGAUUAAAAAAAAAACACCAUAAAAGUAUCAAAGUGGUCCAUACAACUCAUGCACUUCAUAAGCCAUAUACGGGCUUUGUGAGAGGAAGAGAAUGAAAUUGAAUAGAUGUGCAGUCUUCUCAGAAGAAGCUCUGAUUGUCAUCAGUGUUUGUCAUCAGUGAAGUUGCAAAACCCAAUGCUGUUUUUGACAGCUUGAUGUCAAACUUGUCAUAUCUGAACAGAACUCGACCACAAUUUCAGUAAGUUCUGCAAAGCUGUCGGAUGGCUUUGGCACACAAGUCAUUUAGACUGCUUUUUAGUACUUUUAUGGUAUGUUUAGAGUUGCCUUAUACACAUUUAAAGCAUAGAAAAGAGCAAGCAUAAGCGUCAUACAGGUUUUUGGCACAACAUGAUGGCAAAAGUUCUAUUUUUGACUGAACUAGAUCCUGUAAAACGGCAGGAACCUUGAAAUCUCUCUUUAACUUCAUUUAGCAGAGACGACACUAUGAUCUCUUCCAGCCUAUCUGAGCAAGCUCUGCAUUCUCUUUUAUUAUUCUGUUCUCCAAUCAUGGAUUUAAAACACUACAUUUACAUUUUGUCGUUUAGCAGAUGCUUUUGUCCAAAGCGACUUCGAAAAUGAGGAAGGAUACGAUGAGCGAUUCAUCAUCGAAACAGUAACAUAAGUGCUGCAAUACAAACUUUAAAAUUUAUCAGAAAAGUACUAGCCAAGACAGAGAUUAGAAUGCAAACAAAAAGUUAGAGUGCUCGUGGAAAAGUUGUCAUUUUAGCCAUUUUUUUAAGACUGAGAGGGAGUUUGCUUCACAGAUGAUGUUGGGAAAGUCGUUCCAUCAUCACUAUAUGAUAUUCCUGCCUAAAUCCUCAUAAAAAGGACUACCUUUUUCAUCUUUUGUAGGGAUUAUCCAUUUAUUAAAUGUAUAAAUUUUGGAGGUUAUCUUCUGCACAGUAUGAGUGUCUUUUAUAAAGUAAUACUACUGUUUAUUAGUAGUAGUAGUAGUAUGCUAGGCCCUAUCAGCUCAUGAGCAAUUUUUCUAUUCUGAAUCCCAUAUUCAUGAUCUAUAUUUGUGGCUCUCAUGCAGUAUCUUUAAUGAGUGACUGAAAUUAAAUGAUGUGAUGCAUUUAAUGUGUGCAAUAGAGACCCAAAGAAGGUGCGUUUUGGUUUAUGUGUGAAUACAUGCCCUUAGGAUUGGUCAUGUGAUGUUCUCAGAUUAGAUGUGAAGUCUAGCUUCCUUUUUCAUAUCAUUACAGUAAUUUGCAUUAGUGUCAGCCUUUCUAAAUGUUUUUUUUUUUUUUUUAUUUGCAAA